AUGGAUUGGCUGGCACGUGCGGUGGAAAAAGACCUGGGGAUUGACCGACGGCAAAUGGGUGCCGGUCCGCGUGCCCAGGAACUUAUCGCUCUGGUCCCCACGCGCUGGCUGUCAGCCCUGCGGGAGAAGAAGCUUGUGCGCUUUGUCCGAUGGGAAAGCAUCAGUGAAAUGGAAAUCCGUACAUACCUCCAGUGCUCCCAGGCUAAGUUGCCGCCUGGGCUGACACGGGUGUGUGUGCAGGGUUUAAGAAAAAGCAAGCUUGGCUACAGGCUAGUCCGAGACCCAUGUCUUCAACCAAAUGACUCAACAACAACGGAAUCCUACGUUAGCACCAUGCAGCAUGUGUCACUGCAUAAUGUCAGGAAUCUGUGGCGUGAAGCCUACUCCAGACUUGUGCGGCCAUAUGCCGGAGCUAGUGAGCAGAUGCACCUUGCUGCCGUGGAUGCAGUUCGCCAUGCGCUCCAAAAGCUCUUCAACACCUCAUUCAUCUCUUGUGAGAAGCUUUCACCAUCUCCCUCCCCAGCUAGAGAGAGAGAACAUUUCUCUCCUUCGGCCGCGUUUGCUUUUACCAAGCCAAACCAGGACCAUUUAUGUCCAAAUGUUCUCCCAGCAGAGUGUCUGCUGGAGACUGCGGAGAUGCUAUAUGUGGUUCUUCCUUACACGCAGUAUUCACUCCAUGACAUUGUCUCCUUCAGUCCAGCUAAGCUUGCCAACAGUCAUGCCAAAGUGUUGUUUAUAAUCUACCAGUUGCUAACAGCCAUCCAGGCGUGCCAUGCCUCAGGUCUGUCCUGUGGGGACCUAUCCCUGUCGGACAUAGCGGUGGACGAGCAGCUCUGUAGCUGUCUUAAACUCAACCUCGCCCAUUAUGAGGAUCUGGGGGCUCCGAGCAGCGACUGUACCGCAAGUCAGGCACCAGAAAGCAUCUCGACAAGAGUUGCCUUUUGUUCAAGCCCAGAGAACAAAAUGUUUUGCAAUGACUGCUUUCAUGAGCUCAAAACUUUAGUCCUUGACUGGGUUCAUGGACGGGUAAGCAACUUUUGUUAUUUGAUGGAGCUAAACAGGUUAGCGGGGCGACGAGAAGGCGACCCAAAUUACCAUCCGGUGCUGCCAUGGGUGGUGGAUUUCACAGUGCCAUUUGGAAAAUUCCGGGACCUCCGAAGGUCCAAGUUCAGACUUAACAAGGGGGAUAAACAGCUCGACUUCACUUAUGAGAUGACCAAAGAGGCGUUGGCGGCAGUAGGCAGUGGUAUAGGGGGAGUUGGUGUUGGGGGGGACUUGAGUGGGUCAGUCAGUGCCAGUGGGGCCGGACAGCCAGACCACCUCCAUGUACCUCAUCACAUAUCCGACGUUCUGUCAGACAUUACGUACUACGUCUACAAAGCCCGACAGACACCCAAAUCGGUGCUGUGCAGCCACGUGAGGUCCCAGUGGGAGCCUAACGAAUACCCCUCCAGUAUGGAACGAAUGCAGAGCUGGACCCCCGAUGAGUGUAUCCCUGAGUUUUAUACAGAUCCCUCUAUUUUCCGCUCAAUACACCCUGACAUGCCAGACCUGGAUGUGCCACCCUGGUGCAAGUCCUGUGAGGAGUUUAUUGAGGUCCAUCAACGUCUCCUGGAGAGCAGGGAGGUGUCUCAGAAUCUACACCACUGGAUUGACCUUAAUUUUGGCUUCAAACUUUCUGGCAAAGAUGCAGUCAAAGCCAAGAAUGUAUGCUUGCACCUUGUGGAUAACCACACCCAUCUGACCACUUAUGGUGUGGUCCAAUUGUUUGACCAGCCCCACCCACCUCGUUUAUCCCCUUCCCAGUAUGCUCCGGCAGAACCUCCUAUCCUCAGUCUUGCUGUUCUUGACGUGCCUUCUCUACACAUUCCACAAAUUGACUUGGCGGCUGACUCUGUGAAUGGAAUGGUGCCUGAGUCCAUGGGGUGUGAAUCCAGCAGUUGGACCAUGGUAGACAGAGAUGAAGAGCUUGAACAAGGUACUGAAGCCCUUGACUCAUUAAUGUCAGCAGGGUCAUCCAACUCUGCUAGUUGUGCUGGUCAACUGCCAAAUAUUAAUACAACAGGAGGGAAGAUUGGGGAUGCAGCACUUGUAUCUCAGGCCCAAAGUUCCUUCUCUGGUGAUUGCUCAAGCUCUGGUUUACGCAGUGCUGUGCUCCAAAGAGGUGGACUGGGGAACAAAAGGCAAGGAGAGGGAAGCGUGACCAUGACGAAUACAGCGGACAUAAAGAUCAUUCUCCCCGAGGGCUUCAACCCGCUCCAACCUUUGGAAGAGCUGGAGAAGUUAAAAAAUUUCCUGGUCAAAAGUCUGCAUGCCCAAGGUUCUUAUACUGAUGCCUCUGAGUGUGAGCUUUCAAUGAUUGAAACAUCAUUGUCUCUUACCAGGCUCUACCAAAGAGAUAUGCAGGCCCUUGGCGUCCUUAUUGCCGAAAUAUUUUACUCCUCCAAAAUCAGAGGCUUAAAAUCUGAUGCCACUCUCCAACAACGUUUCCACGCUGUGCUAAAAUUGUGCUCAGUUGGCUUCCGGGACAUUCCACUCUCUUUGCAUCACGCACUUGAGAAACUGCUGCAAAUUGAUAAUCACUCUGGAGUAGCACAAAGAGAAACAGGUCGGUGUCAGCGGCCACUUCUUUUCGACUAUGAUCCCAUCUGUGCAGGCCUGCCUGCUCCUAACCCUUCCCAGUUACUGAACCUAUUCAUUACUCCUUUUCCUUUCCCUUCCUACUUUGCUGCUCUUCAUCGCUUUAUUUUCUCUUACCACAGCAAGAUGGAGACUAUUUGUAGCCUUCAAGGAAGGGAAGUCGUUUUUCAACUGUGGCAACAAUUAGAAACACUACUACGAGCCAACGUCACAGCGGAAGGCCUUGAGAUACUCUUACCUUUCAUCUUGGCUCUCAUGCUUGAUGAGUCCACUGCCGUCUACGCGGCCUGGUAUAUGUUUGAGCCCAUCUCGAGAGUUCUGGGUCCCAGAAACGCGAACAAGUACCUUUUAAAGCCACUGGUCAAUGUCUAUGAAAAUCCCAACUGCCUGCGAGGACGUUUCUAUCUCUACACUGACUGUUUCGUCCUGCAGCUGAUAGUAAGACUUGGACUUCAGGCUUUCUUAUCUAACUUGCUUCCACAUGUUCUGUUGGUCCUUACCGGCUUUGAAAGCCGGACCUCCGACUCUGCCGGAGAACCUUGUAAAGGGAUGCAGAGUGCUUCUUGUACUCUGGGAGAGGAGGAGGAAGAGCGCUUUCAGGCGGGCGAUGUUCACCCUUCAACUGGAUCUGUUAGUGGGAACAUGGGCUGUGUCAGUGGUGCGAGUGGAGGUGUUGGGGUGGUUGGGGACACUGGUUUGGUUGACUAUUCCUCCGGCAUCAGUCUCAAUGACCAGGUUUUUCUCUCAGAGGCUGAAGACUUUCAGAAUGAAUUUUAUGUUAACAGCGCAGGGGGAGACAGCGGAAAACAGCCAGACCAUAACUCCGCUGCCAAGGACCAAGACCAUGAGUCUUUGAGUGUGGGAAAGCUUAGCGAUAAAAGCAGCGCUAGCGAACUCUCAUUAGGCGAUGGGGACUCCAUGCGAGAUCGAGCCAGUCUUAAAUCGGCUGACAGCAACCAGGAUCUAAAACUAGCCAGCGAAGGGGAGGAGGGAGCAGAGCUGGAUGAAGAGGAGGCAACGGAUGCUAAUGAUUGUAAAGUGGAAGCAGACGACCUUUCCACCACCAAGCAGGAGCUGUCUUUCUCUGCUUGCACAGAGGCUUCGGUAGCUACUGUUUCCACUCUACAGAGUGAGUUCAUGAAUGGAAUGGGACUGGAAGGGAGUGAGAAAGGGAUUAUGGAGGAGCAGGAAGAAGAGGGGGACCAGGAUCCUUCAGAGGAAUCACGCGCAAAGGAGCAAAAAAUCCUUCUAGAUACUGUCUGCAAAACCAUUCGGUGGCUCUCUGCCAAACUUGGACCGACAGUGACGUCUCGAUUUGUGGCCAGGAACCUACUACGAUUACUAACAAAUUGCUACAUCGGUCCAGAAAGCCAUUAUUUUAUAACUCCAAGCCCAGAAGAGAGUACUCUUGAGAGUGUGGGAAUGGGAAGCAUUUAUGAGAAGAGACCUGUGGUGGGCGACCAGACCGCUGCACCUGUACUGGACUGUCUCAUUUACAUUGCUCAACUUUAUGGUGAACCAGUCCUUACCUAUCAGUACCUACCCUACAUAGGAUAUCUGGUGUCUCCGCCAUCCUCGCAGCGUCUCAACACACGCAAGGAGGCCAGUUUGCUCGGCGCUGUUGCACUUACGCAGAAGAUAGUGGUCUUUCUCUCUGACACCACACUUAUGGACAUACUCAUGAAAAUUAACCAAGAUGUGCUAUUACCUCUCCUCGACCUGCUCACCAAUCCUCACAUGGGGUUCCCCAGUGGGGGGCAGACUCGCACCGUGGUGUGUCUCAAGACACUCAGCCUGAUGGCUCUCAUCUGCCUGCGCAUUGGAAGAGAGAUGGUGCAGCAGCACAUGGCCGACACGUUGCGCCGGUUCUUUGCCGUUUUCUCCCUGCUGCACUGUCUGCGGCCUCAGAUGGAGAGUGCGCCACGACGAGUUGUAGGGGAGGUCACAGUUGUGGUUGUUAGCACGCCUGAAGAGCCCAGUGUGACUUAUGAGUUGUCCAUCCUUGAGGAACUGCAAUCAGUGUUCAGCACAGAGAUGGCGCAUGCCUCAUACAUCCCAUUUUACUGUCUAAUUGGUGAUAUGGCAAUCCGGAAACUAGUUCCCAACCAUGAGCUGAUCUGGCAGUUGGCCUCCUCGUACCAUCAAAGCGUGAGUCACACAGCGUCAAGUAUAGACAUGCCUCCAUCCUCUUCUUUUGGUCCACGCAAGCCGGCAUGUUAUGGCCCCUUCCCCUCACCAUCUACGAGCUCCACCCCACUUGGGGACCCCCUCCCUGAGUCAGGAACCUUCGGGAGCCGUUUAGUAGGAAACCGAAUCCAGGUGUCCAGGGACUCGUACUUCGGUGGUAGUCCUAAUAUGACUUUAGGUGGCUCUUGGGGACAAACCAAUCAUAUCACCACCACCAUUAGCACCCCCUCUACUGUCAAUACUCCGUCCAUCAGUGCACUCCCUUUCUCCUCAUCCUGGGUAACGGGUCCCCCUCUGGAGGAUAGUGCCCUGAAGCAGGAGCUGGCUCGCAGUGGACGCUCCUUGCAGGGCAACUGGCUGGCCUACUGGCAAUACGAAAUUGGUCUAAACCAACAAGAUCCUCAUUUCCACUUUCAUCAGAUCCGUCUGCAAAGCUUCCCUGGUCACUCUGGUGCGACCAAAUGUUUGGCAUCGUUAGCAGGAGAGGAUUACUUCCUUUCUGGGGGUAAAGAUAAAACUGUGAAGCUGUGGCCCCUCUAUAAUCAUGGCGAUGGCACACAGGAAAUUGAGCCCAGGCUAACAUAUACAGACCAUAAGAAGUCUGUAUUCUAUGUUGGACAACUGGAAGCCUCACAGGAGGUGGUUAGCUGCGACGGAACGGUACACCUUUGGGACCAGUAUACUGGGAGACGGAUCCGCUCGUAUGAAGCAGUGGAUGGAAAGAAUCCAAUUACAGCCGUCACCACCAUGCCUGCUCCACACUGCAGCGUCGUGUUCGGAAGCGCAGACUCAGUCCUCCGCUUCAUUGAUCCUCGCAAACCGGGGCUGCAGCAUGAAUUUCGGCUGGCGUACAACAACUUAAGUGCCGGGCUGAUCCGAUACCUGGCUGUCAGCCCAACGGGACGCACUGUAGCAGCAGGGUUCUCGUCUGGGUUCAUCGUUAUGCUUGAUGCGCGCACAGGACUGGUUCUAAGAGGCUGGCCUGCUCACGAGGGAGACAUCCUCCAAAUGAAGGCGACAGAAGGCAACUUGGUAAUCAGCUCAUCCACCGACUACACCCUCGCCGUGUGGAAAGACCUAGAACACAAGCCCCUCCGCCAGUACAAGUUGCAGUCGGACCCUGUCCACGCGCUGGAUUUCUACGGCUCUGAGAUCGUGACGGGCACCAUGGCCAACAAGGUGGGCGUGUACUCGAUGGCGGACAUCUCACUGAGCCCCAUCAGCAGUACCAAACUGAGCACCGAGAACUUCCGCGGUACGCUCACCAGCCUGGCUGUGCUGCCCACCAAGAGGCUCCUGCUGCUGGGCUCGGACAAUGGAGCCAUCCGCUUACUUGCUUGA